AUGUUAGGUCUCCUAACCCUCACAGCAAUCCCAACCGUAAUCGGGGUAGGUCAAGGCGUGAGCCAGCAGAGGGCGCAAAAUGCAUCCAAAGCAGAUGAGAAACGCAUGGCGAAAUUCUACUUAGAGGCGCAAUAUGAGAGCAGAUCGACUCGAGCGAGGGAGGUGCAGGGCAAGCGGGUGGUAUUGAGGGACGGAAAGGUAGAGAUAUCCCAUAAAUGUGGUGCUUGGAAGGCAUAUUCUCCUGGGCUGACUUCUGUCGAAACACAGGCCUACCUCUCAUCCUCCUCCGGCAAGCCCUCCUACACCCUCUGCGCAUUCUAUAUAGAGUAUCCUGAUGAGGAGCGGAAGCCUGCCCCGCUGGGGCUGGUCUCGCAGGUGGCGGAUGACCCACCCAUGCUUAAUUGGAUAUAUGUUGACAAGAAUACAAUGGAGUUGAAACAUGGCAACAGGAGUCAGAGUAGGGAACAUCACGUUGGGCCGUGGGACUGGACAGAGGAAGACGAGAUAGGGUUGACCUUCGAGGGCUGGGAAGGGUUUGUAGCUGUGCAAGAUGAUGAGGGGGAGUGGCAGCUUUUCUUUGAUCGGAAUGAUGAUGGGUUGAAGGACUUCGUGGGGAAGAGAAGGAGAAAAUUAGAGGUUACCCUCGAGAGAAUAUUGUGUGACAAUGAAAAGAAAGAUUAA